AUGCCUACGGACCUACCAAUAAACAACAGUCUUCGCAUUGAAUCACGGCUAAAGAAUAAAGCACUACGGAUCUUCACGCUGACAGUCGUCAACCUGGCAGUACAGAAGUAUGCGAGCAAGCUCUUUACCCGCUCUAAUAGCGUUAUAUUCUUCCUCAACUUCUGUAUCAAACUCGGGAGCUCUGUCACUCUAUCAGAAGCACACACUAUGCGAUUUAUCGCAAGACAUACCUCUAUUCCUGUACCACAAGUUUACUGUGCCUUCACACACCAUGGCAAAACUUAUAUACUUAUGGAAAGAAUCCGCGGCGAGACUGUAGCGAGCAGGUGGCGUUCGCUUUCGGACAUGUCAAAGUCGUUGGUAUUCAACCAGCUUCAACAGAUGAUACACGAACUUCGAUCUGUACCCAGUCAGACCAAUGGCGUCUCUAGUAUAGACGGCGGCCCUAUCCACGAUAUUCGACUUCAACCAUCUUCCUGGGGACCUUUUCGUACUAUCUCCGAUUUUCACUUGUCACUUAGGAACAGCAUAACUCUCGAGUCUCUUGAGGUACCAAACUCAUUGAGUAGUGUUACUAUCUUGGAGCUGAAACGACUUAUCACCUUUCAUGAGUCAGUGCAACGUGCACCAGUCCUCACACAUGGUGAUCUUAGCAGCCUUAAUAUCCUUAUCCGCGACAACAAGGUAGUUGGCAUCAUUGAUUGGGAUACUGCCGGGUGGCUACCCUACUAUUGGGAGUUCACAAUGGCAUGGCACGCUAAUCCCCAAAAUUAUUUCUGGCAGGACGAAGUCGGAAACUUCUUAGAUGUGCAGGAGGAGGAACUGAAUAUGGAGAAAAUACGGCGUAAAUACUUUGGUGAAGUCUAA